UUGGCGUUUUUCGCACGUAGCACGACGUUUCUGCGGUGCGGACACGGUCAUGGCGAACAAAGGAGCCUUGUUGUUCCGACAUUUUUCACGUUGCCGAGUACUCGGGCCAACUUUACUUCGUCCCGUUUGCGUGUUGCAUAAAAUUUGUUGGUUAUAGUACUCGGUGCUUGGGUCCUUCUGUGAUUUAAAGGUGUUUAGUCUUGAUCAACGGUUAUUUCAUGACGAAUUUGUUUAAUGACAAAUGGAGCAAAUAACGACGUCCGACGGCCAGGUGGUGAUCCAGCCGAUCCAGGGCGUCGCCCCGCAGCAGGUCCAGGUGAUGCAGAUGAACGGGCAGGUGAUACAGGGCGCGAACGGCCAACAGAUCAUGGUGCACGCCGUACCACAGGGCGGACAGAUCCAAGUGGCUGCGGCGGCGGGUGCCCAGGGCCUCCAACAGAUCCAGGUUGUGCCAGUGAGCAGUCUACAACAAGGCCAGGUCCUUGUGCAGCAGCCCCAACAGGCCCAGAUCGUACAGACGGUCGACGGUCAGACCUUCAUCUAUCAGCCUGUGGCGAUUGAAGGGGGACUCCAACAGGGAACACCAACAGUUUUGAACAUCAACGGCAACUUAGUACAAAUAACGGGAGCAUCACCGACGACGGCGACGGCUUCCACGGCGGUCCAGCCGACCGUUUCGUCACCCACCACACAAACAGUCGUACCACAGACCAUCACGACGGCAACACCAAACCAACUUGCGAUGGCUAACGGAAACUUAGUCAUGGUGAGAAACACAACCGAUGUGGUACCCACAACAAGUACAACACAGUUCCAAAGAGUGCCAAUUCCUGGUACUGAAUUUUUGGAAGAGGAACCGUUAUACGUAAACGCGAAGCAAUACAGGCGGAUUCUGAAACGCCGACAAGCUCGUGCGAAACUCGAAGCGGACGGUAAAAUACCCAAGGAACGUCCGAAGUACCUCCACGAAUCCCGCCAUCGACACGCCAUGAACAGAAUACGUGGUGAAGGUGGAAGGUUUCAUUCUGGUUCGGUGAAGAAGAGACGGGAAGAGAUGGAGAGGCAGCAGCAGCAACAACAGUCCCAGCAAGAUGUCCAGCAGAGGACGAUAGGAUUGUAUGAUAUGGGUUCACCAAUUGUACUAGAGAAUGUGAUUAGUCAAGACAUGAUCAAGCCUGAUCCACUUAGUAUAGAGGGGAAUUAGUCUUUAAGUUUUGCGAUUUAUUAUUUAUUUAUAUGAGGAAAUGUUGAAAAUACUGUAUAUAUUAAAAUUAGACCUUUUGUAUAUUUGUAUCUUAUUUUGUUACACUGUAUCUACAUAUCUUUUUGUAAUGAUUAAUUCUUUAAAGGAAUUGGCACACAAUGUACAAUUUUGUUGUUAUUUUCUGACUGACGAUCUGCAAAGUAGAAUGGGACAUGUUUAUGUGAGUAAAGAGAUGUGUUACCCGCUUUUUUAUACGUGAA